GCGGAGAAAGUAGUCCCCCGGCGGGGCGCCGAGGCCUCCCCCAGCCCGCGGGCGGCACCGCUCGGUACCGGGAGGCUGCGACGGCGGCCGGAAGGAGCAGCGCGUCCCGGCGGCGGCGAGCGCUCCGGCCGGGUCUGGAGCCGGGGUGCAGCGUAGGCGGCCCUGGCCGGGCGGGCAUGGAGGAGGAUGCGGUGCCGAGCAGCAGCGACGCGGCCCCGCAGGCGGCGCGGGAGGAGCCCCCCGAGAGCGGCGUGGGCAGCUCCGAGGCCGUGUCUGCCGACAGCAGCGACGCCGCCGCCCCCGGGCCCCUGUCCCGGGCGGACGAUUCCGGCGUGGGCCAGAGCUCCGACAGCGCCAGGGCCUCCGGGGAAGAGGUGUCAGAGAGCAGCUCCAGCACAGAUGCUGUUCCCCGGAUUUACCUGCCAGACUCAUCCUCCAUCGCCCAGUCCACCUUGGUCUCCAGUGUCUCCACUGUGAGCCAGUCCAUCAUGGUGUCAGAGUCCCCACAAGUCCUGGUCCACUCCAGCGUCAUCACUGAUGGAGCCACCAUCGUUUCAGACUCCACUGCGUCCACUUCCUCAGACCUGGGCUCUGCCAUCGACAAAAUCAUCGAGUCCACGAUCGGGCCCGACAUCAUCCAGAGCUGCAUUGCUGUGACCAGUGUGGAGGAUGGCGGGGCUGAGACGACACAGUACCUCAUUCUGCAGGGCCCUGAUGAUGGUGCCCCCAUGGUGUCCCAGGUGGCCACCUCGGCUCUGGCCAGCAGCUUGGCGAUAGAAGCUGCUGCUGAUGGACCCACCUCCACAUGCCUCGACCAGCCCGGCCCUUCGGAGCCUCCCAAGCGGCUGGAAGUGCUGGAGCUGCCGGCGCAGCCAGGUCGGGCCCGAGAGGUGGAUGGUGGGGAGGAGCUGGAGCAGCCGGACAUGGAGACCCUGGAGGAGAUGAUGGAGGUGGUGGUGGUGCAGCAGUUCAAGUGCAAGAUGUGUCAGUACAAGAGUGUCUCCAAGAAAACGCUAAUUAACCACAUGAAAGAGCGGCACUUCCAGCCAGUGGGUUCAGCUCUGGCUUUGAAGAAGGGGCGUCCGCGUAAGGGGGGAUCUGCUCCAAAGACUGCGGAGGAGGAGGUUGCUGAAGAAGAAGAAGAGGACGAUAUCAUGGAUGCUGGUGCUAUUGAUGACCCUGAAGAGGACAGUGACUAUAACCCAGCUGAGGAUGAGCCCCGUGGGCGGCAGCCCAAGUACGGCCACACCGUCCCCACGUCCAGCGAGGAGAGGCCGCGGCGGCGCCCGGGGAGGCCCCGCAAGUUCCCUCGUCUAGAGGACGGGCCUGAGGGAGGGGAUGUGGAGCCCCUGGUGACAUCCCAGAGUACACUGAGCCGUGAGCUGCAGAAUGGGGAAGCUGCCAGUUCCUCUGGGCUGGAGAAUGGGAGCGGCGAGAGCCUGGCGGAGCCCAGCAUCAGCCAGUCCGACUCGGAGAACAAGGACCCAUCCUCCAACGCCAGCCCCGAGGAGGCAGAUGCGGUGCCGCGGCGGCGCGGGCGGCCCUCCCGCUGCUUCCUGGGCAAGAAAUACCGCAAGUACAUGGGGCGCAGGUAUUACUACAAGUCCCCCAAACCUCUGAUGCGGCCCUACCUGUGUCGGAUCUGCGGCUCGCGGUUCCUCACGCAUGACGAUCUGCGUUUCCACGUUAACUCGCACGAGGCCAAUGACCCGCAGCUCUUCAAGUGUCUGCAGUGCAGCUACCGCUCCAGGCGCUGGUCCUCGCUCAAGGAACACAUGUUCAACCACGUGGGCAGCAAGCCCUACAAGUGCGAGGAGUGCAGUUACACCAGCGUGUACAAGAAGGACGUCAUCCGGCACUCCACGGUGCACAGCCGGGACAGGAAGAAGAGAGCUGAUCCGCCCCCGAAGCUGAACUCCUUCCCAUGCCCUGUCUGCAACCGCAUCUACCCCAUGCAGAAGAGGCUCACGCAGCACAUGAAGACACACAGCACGGAGAAACCUCACAUGUGUGACAAGUGCGGGAAGUCCUUCAAGAAGCGCUACACCUUCAAGAUGCACCUGCUGACGCACAUCCAGGCCAUCGCCAACCGCAGGUUCAAGUGCGAGUUCUGUGACUACGUCUGCGAGGACAAGAAGGUCCUGCUGAACCACCAGCUCUCGCACAUGAAUGACAAGCCUUACAAGUGCAGCUUCUGCAAGUAUUCCACCUUCCGGGAGGACUUCCUGGUCUCGCACAUGGCCAUCAAGCACACGGGGGGGAAGCCAUUUGCCUGCGAGUUCUGCCACUUCACCACCAAGCACAAGAAGAACCUGCGCCUGCAUGUGCAGUGCCGCCACGCUGACUCCUUCGAGGAGUGGGCACAGAGGCACCCUGAGGAGCCACCCUGCCGCCGCCGCCCCUUCUUCACACUGCAGCAGAUCGAGGAGCUGAAGCAGCAGCACAGCCAGGCUCCAGCCGAGCUGGGGGCCAGCCCACCGAUGCCUCUUGGCCCCAUCACACACUGCAUGCUCCAGGCCGCCUCAGGAGCGGAGCCCCCCGUCCUCUCGCAGGAUUCCCUGGGAGGAGCCACGAUAAUUUACCAACAAGACGUGGCUGAAUCGGCAGCGCUGGCCACGCAGACUGCGCUGGAUCUGCUGCUGAACAUGAGCGCCCAGCGGGAGCUGCAGGUGGCAGUGGUGAAGCCGGAUGAUUCGGGGGAGGCGCAGCCCCCCCGUGAGCCACAGGCACAGGAGGAGGGUGCAGAGAUGGACUCUGAGGAGCAGCAGAAGCUGGUGACACUGCACGUGGCAGAGCGUGGGGACACGGUACAGGAGGCUUACGAGGAGGUGACUCUGGGUGGCUCGGAGCUGCAGCAGAUCACUGUCCCGUUUGGCGGGACGGCCGAGUACAGCAUCAUUGCACCCAUCAGCGCAGAAGCCCCGGCUCCAGGCGCACUGUACAGCGAGGGGGAGAGCCCUGCAGAGACGUGCCACGCAGUCGUGGUGGGUGAUGCCGUGAUGGCAGAGGAGGCCCUGAAGGACGAGAACAGUCACUAUAUUGUGUCAUCCGGUGCACUGGGGAGCCAGUUCCCUCCCGUUGAGCCCGGCAACGGGGACGCUGCCUUUCCCUCACCGAUGGAGGGCCAGGAGGCACAGCGUGCUGGUGUCAAGUUGCCCCUGGUGCAGUGUGUCACCAGGCAGCUCCAGAAGGACUCAUCCUUGUCCCCAGCCUCCGAGGGGCAGGAAGUCUCAUCCCCAAAGGUCAAGUGGCCUGCGCUCCAAGGUGUGGCCAAGAAGCUCUUGUGCAAAGUUUCCACAGCCAAGAAGCUCUCAUGCAAGAUUUCCACAGCCAAAAAGUUUUCCUGCAAGAUUUGCACAGCCAUGUUCACAGGCAGAGCAGAGAUGGAGAGUCACAAGAGAGCCCACGUUGGGCCCAGCACCUUCAAGUGUCCCGACUGCCCGUUCACGGCCGCGCUCUGGCCGGAGGUUCGGAGCCACAUGGUCCAGCAUGCCAGCCUGCGGCCACACAAGUGCCCCCACUGCAGCUUUGCCUCCAAGAACAAGAAGGACCUGCGCAGGCACAUGCUGACACACACCAACGAGAAGCCCUUCGCCUGCCAGAUCUGUGGGCAGAGGUUCAACCGUAAUGGGCAUCUGAAGUUCCACAUGCAGCGUUUGCACAGCGCGGAGGAGAAGCGACCAGGGGCAGCUGCUGCCCAGCAGACCAUCAUCCUGAACAGUGAUGAGGAGACGCUGGCCACCCUGCAGACGGCUCUGCAGGCCGGCCAGGCAGUGCUGGCUCCCGAGCAGCUGCAGCAGGCCCUGGGGCAGGAGCACAUCAUCGUUGCACAGGAGCAGAGUGUCACCAGCCAGGAGGAGGCCACGUACAUCCAAGAGAUCACAACCACCGACGGACAGACCGUGCAGCACUUGGUGACCUCUGACAACCAGGUUCAGUACAUCAUAGCCCAGGAUGGCGUACAGCACUUGCUUCCCCAUGAGUACGUUGUGGUACCAGAGGGACAUCACAUCCAGGUACAGGACGGUCAGAUCACCCACAUCCAGUACGAGCAGGGUGGCCAGUUCCUCCCGGAGCCACAGAUCCAGUACAUGCCAGUCUCACCGGAGCAGCAGCUCGUCACCCAGGCACAGCUGGAGGCAGCUGCACACUCAGCAGUCUCAGCAGUGGCCGACGCGGCAAUGGUGCAGGCGCAGGGCGUGUUCAGCGCUGAGGCCACGGCCGAACAGCUGCAGCAGCUGCAGCAGGGGAUCCACUACGACGUCAUCACACUGACGGACUAGUGCUGGGCCACCCCGCUGGGCAGGACCGCGGCCAGGCAGGAGUCGCCUCAGCCAGCAGUUGCCUUAUUGCUUCAGGGCUGCCAGCGCCGUGGCCGUGUGCCAUGGCCGUGUGCCGUGGGGUCCUGCGCGUCCCCCGCACGGGCAGCCGUCUCCAGCAGAGACUGCUCUGCGGCGAGGCGGGCCGCGCAGGACGGCGCUCUCUCGUUUGGACGGUCUUUAUACCUGUUGCACUUGAGAGUCUGAAAUCCCUUUUCCUGGAUCGCAUCUGCGUGCGCCAAACCGGGAUCAGCGUCUGCCUGGCAGAGCCGUGGGGCUGAGCGCAGCGAUGGGGUGCGGUGCCAGGGCUGUGCAGCCGCGACCACGCACUCCCUGCUCUGCAGCACCGGGGGCAGGGGCAGCCACCCCCCUUGGCUACUCUGGCCUGCGGGCAGGCACCAGCGGGGCUUUGGACUGGAGGAACCGGAGCAGGGAGGUGGAAGAUACUCUAUUUUUCUUCUGAAGAGGGAUGGACUCUGCAGUUGGUUCGUUGGUGGUUGUGGGAGCUUUGACUCUGCUUAUGAAUAAAAAGGGAUUGAAACCUG